UAAACCUAUAAGUUAUAUAAAUAAGUUCAAUGAUACAUAUAGAUGAAAUGUUGCGGUAUUGGAAUGUUUGCAAAAAUUAUUCAAAACAGUGGACAUUUUUAAAUAUCUUCAAUAAAUAUAAUCCUCCUCGAAAAUUUGUUUGUCAAAGAUACUUUAGUGAACGGGCUAUAGAUGUUAAUACGAAUGUCGUUAAAGAUGUGAUCUUGUACAAAUUUGAUAAUUCAAGAUACUUUAAACUAAUGAACUUGUUCGCAUUUGCUCAAUUCGGUUUUUGGUCUUAUUUAUCAUUAACAGCUUACACAACAUUAAGAGAUGCUCCAGUCGAUCAAACUACAGGAGAUCAUUGGUGGGAAAAAAUUAAUUUGGGUGAAAAUAAAUACAGAAACGGAAUAUCUUUAUUUUGUGGUAUUGUAGGAUGGGGUAUUUUAUCAAUUGUUUGGAUGUAUUCAUUGAGAUCUGUGAGGUAUCUAAUUCUAAGGAGAGGUGGGAAUCAACUUACAGUGGUAACAUAUACUCCUGUUGCUUCAAAUCGUAUGUUUACAUUGAAUUUGAACAACGUUAGUGCUGUGGAUUCGAGAUUAACAGCCCAGACACAUUUGGCAUUGAAAAUUAAAGGACAUUUCAUGUAUUAUAUUGUAGAUAUGAAAGGAGAAUUUGUAAAUCCUAUUUUAUUUGAUCAUACUGUAGGUUUGAGAAGAACUUUAAAAUAAAAAUAUAUUCUGUAUUGUUUUUCA